AUGUCUCGCCGCUAUAACAGCCGCACGACGAUCUUCUCGCCGGAGGGGCGUCUCUACCAGGUGGAGUACGCGAUGGAGGCGAUCGCCCUUGGGAUCCUGGCGGCCGACGGCGUGGUCCUCGUCGGCGAGAAGAAGGUGACCUCCAAGCUCCUCCAGACCUCCCGAUCCGCCGAGAAGAUGUACAAGAUCGACUCCCACCUCGCCUGCGCCAUCGCGGGGAUCAUGUCGGACGCCAACAUCCUCAUCAACACCGCCUGCCUCCACGCCCAGCGGUGGGACAAGCACCACGGCUUCCAGCUCUACAUGAGCGACCCAUCUGGCAACUACGGCGGGUGGAAGGCCGCCGCUGUUGGGGCUAACAGCCAGGCCGCGCAGUCCAUGCUCAAGCAGGACUACAAGGACGGCUUGACCCGCGAGGAGGCCGUCGGCCUCGCGCUCAAGGUCCUCAGCAAGACCAUGGACUCCACCAGCUUGACCGCCGAGAAGCUGGAGCUGGCCGAGGUGUUCCUGCAGCCCGGCACUGGGGAGGUGCAGUACCAGGUGUGCUCCCCUGACGCGCUGGGGAAGCUGCUUGCCAAGUCCGGCCUCACGCAGCCAGCGCCUGAGGCGUAAUGUGCUGGUUUGCUGUGGCUUGUGAUGCCUACUACUGCUCUUAGAUAUGGUUUAAGCAGUUAUGCUUCUGUUGUCCAAACUAAGAUAUCCGAGAAUUAUGUGUUUUAAUUUUAUGUUCAGCAUGCUUGAUCCAUUAAUGCUUCAUCUGUAACAGUGGAUUGCCUUGAACUUGUUUCAAAUUGUUGGUUUCUAUCUUCUUA